GCUGCUGGCUGAUGCGGUAAUGUAUAAUGUGGUUUUGUUUUAUCCAAGCAGAGUUUAUUGCUGUUGAAAACAGUAAGUAGAGGAAUACUUGCAUCAACCAGUGCCUCACUGGCAUUUAAUAAAAAGGCCAUUGCUAAAAAGGCAUUGGGGAAUCUUAAAAGAUCUUAAGUAUGCAUUUCUUUGGUCCUAAUCAUAAUUCUCUCCCAGAUUACUUGUUACUUUAGACAAGCGUAUGAGAAGCUGUAGUUACUGUGCUGUUUUGUAUUUCCUGCUUGAAUUCCUCAUGCACACACUAAUGGUGGGAAUAGAUGUGAUGAUACAGGUACAGCAGCAAGUCUGGAACAGACGCGUUCUUACCAAGCAGGGUGCAAUACGGUAACCUCGCAAUUAAUGGUAAACAGCACAUGGGAUUUCUGGGCUGGGGCCUCGAAUUGAUCUUUACAUGGUCUUGGAGAGUGAGCAGUAGCACUUCGGUUCAGCCAGGCUUCUCUUGGGCCCCAUUUCUUGACAUCUUCUCUGCAUAAAGUGUCUCUCUCACAUUUUGUUUAACUUGCCAACCCAUGGGUCAUACAAGCCUGAGAUGAAGAAGAUUGGCGUUACAGUGAAGGUGGUGAGAUGUGACUUAACUCCAGAUGGCUGGGUCAGGUGCAGGAAGAGGACGUACUGCAUUUACCUUCAACAUUGACGCUCUUGGCUUUGGUAAAGGUGCAGCUCUGCCUGAUACCGUGUCUAAGCCUCCACCAACAUACCCUAGUACAGAAAAUAAGCCAGUGCCUCUGAAAACAGGAGAAGAUGAAGAUUACAUGUUGGCCUUAAAACAAGAUCUUAGAGCAACUAUGAAACAAAUGCCAUAUUUUUUGGCAGUAGAAGAAGAUCGUGAAGUAAUUGAGAGGUAUCGUAAAAAGUACCAGAACAGUGGAAAGGAGCAUCAAACAUGGACCCCGGAUUGGAGAAGACUCCCGAGAGAGGUGAAGCCAAAGAAAAAGACCAAAAAAAGCUUUCUUCUGCAGAGUUGUGAACCAGAUCCUUCAACAGCAGUUGGAGCUGCAGGUGCAAACCCAAAAAAGGCAAAAAGUUUUGAGUCUAAAAGUAAUCUGGAUGUGUUGAAAAAAAUCGAGGAGUUAGAAAAGAAGGAUGAUGAAGAAAAAUCUGAAGAUGAGGAAGACAAGAAAGAAGAUAAACCAAAAGACAAAGAAGGUGAUGAUGAUGAAGAAGAACUAGAGGAAGAUGAUGAAGAGGAGCAUGAAGAGGAAAAUGACUACAUUUCUUCAUAUUUUGAAGAUGGAGAUGACUUUGGUGAUGGCAGUGAUGACAAUAUGGAUGAAGCAACGUAUUAGCUAUUGUUGCUAAGUGGUACACUGCUCAAGCCUUACACUACUUGAAGUAGAAUUCUGGAGGUAGGCUGAGUAUCAACAGAACUAAUGCUCUAGCUCUGUUGGUUUUAAGUAUACUCUCCAAAAACACACUGAACAAUUCUUUUUAAUUGUACUAUGCUGUAAAACAGGAGGUGGGAUCCUUUGUUUUGCUCUUUUGCCAAACGUUCUGCAGACGUGCGCCUUUUUAAGGUUCUCUGGAAUGUCUACUGAUGGAGUAAGCUAUAUGCCAUUGUGUUGCCUCUGCACAGAAAAAGAAUGUAUGCAUUUUAAUCAAAAUUGUGCCUAAGCAUUUGCACUAGUCAGUUCCAUGCUUUAGCAGUCAAAUCUUGAAAAUAAUAGUGAAAUUCUUGAUGACUGCAGCAAAAAAGAGACAUGGCCUUUAUGGGUGUAAGCUGCUGUAUUUGGCAGCUGACUUCUCUGAAGGAAUUUAUGUAGCUUCUGAAUUCAGGUGACAAAUUGACAACUAAGCACUUUAAUAUAAACUGACUUGAGAAAGGACCUUAGUAAUAUAGGCAAAAAACAUUAUGAGAGUAUUUUGAAGAGCUAUUAUUCUAGUUAAAAGAACUCAUAAUUUUUAGUAUUUUGGUAAAAAGGACUAUAAUAUUUAAUUGAAUCAUAAUUAAAUAUGAAUCAGCGUAAGUAGUGAUUAAGGGUCGUUGAAUUUAGAACAAAUAUAAGGCAGAAUUUAAGACUGAGAAAUUAUGGAAUUCUGGUUUUCACCAGUGGCUCACAGACAGUGAAGAGAAGUUCAGUCGUUCACCUCAGUUUCUCCGCCUCUUAAGGCAAUACUAACUUUCUUACCUCACAGACCUGUUAACUGAGAUGGCAGAUGAUAAAUUGUUAAUGCAUUUAUUCACUUUCCUACAGAACAAACACAACAGAAACUUAACAGACAGCAGAUCAAUUAAAAAAACCCAAAGAUGUAGGAAAAGAAUGUGGUGAAGUAUUUUGAUGGAUGAGGUUUUAGUUAGGAAAACAAAACAAGAAUGCUGAGAAUAACAAAACCAGAAUGUUUGGAACAUCAAUUUUAUUUAAGAAUCAACAGCUGAAGUGUAGAAAACUUAUUCCUGAGAUCAGAUACUUGACGAACAGAGUGACAGAGCAUUCCCCGUGUACUAUUGUCCUUUGAUAGUACAAAAUAUUACUGGUCAGUGCUGCUAUAUUACUGUUGAUCAGGGUUGCUGCUGUUGUUUUUUAACUUUCUUAAAACAUUCUGUUUCUGAUAACUAGUGCUAUUAUAGGUCUAAUGAAAGAACAGUUUUAAAACAAAGCCAAGCCUUUUAUCAGCAAAGGGAACUACAGAAGUUCUCCUUUCAAGUUUGGCAUUCUGUCAAGCAGUACUUUACCUCACCGGUGACUGGAAAACAGUACUGCGUUACUCUAUGAACUUCUGUGUGCAAUAAGAACUUAUUCCUUAAGGUGUAGCUUUCAAGUGUUCUAAUAAAAUACAUACUAGACGUAAAGGAAGUGAAACUAAAAUGCUAUGCAGGCCACAUCUCAGAGGUAUACCAGUUUUAUUUUGAAGUGUUCAUACCUAUACAAAUAAAGUGUAAUAAACAUUCUGCUGCAUUGCAAAGGAAA